AUGGGAAGUGCCAAUGUUGCAUCAACACUUGUCUACAUGGCAGAGAGGUGCACUUCUAUGCGAGACCUCAAACUCAUCCAUGCCCACGCCUUCCGCACCUGCCUCCAUCAACACACCGUCGUUCUCGGCAAGCUCUUCCGCUUCGCCGCCGUUUCUCCAUUCGGCGACUUAUCCUACGCCCACAACAUGUUCGACCAAAUGCCCCAUCCAUCCACCUUCUUUUACAACACCCUCAUCCGUGCUCAUUCCCACUCCACUACCCCUUCACUCUCCUCCCUAUUCUUCAACAGCAUGAGGGAAAACGACGUGGCGGCAGAUGAAUUUUCCUUCACCUUCUUGCUCAAGUCACGUUCUUUCACCACCCCUUUUGUCCACGACAUACAUAGUGCCGUUUUCAAAUUUGGUUUUUGCCGCCACUUGCAUGUUCAGAACGCGUUGAUACACAUGUAUGCUGUUGGGGGAGUGAUCCUUUUGGCUCGUAGGGUUUUUGAGGAUGCAAUUAAAGUGGGUUUGGAUGUUGAUAGUGUGUCCUGGUCCGGGUUGCUUGUUGCUCACUUAAGAGCUGGUGAAUUGGAUGUUGCACGAAAGGUAUUUGAUCAAAUGCCUGAGAGAGAUGUUGUUUCGUGGACCAUCAUGUUAUCUGGUUAUUCGCGGGCUAAGCGGCCGCGUGAGACUUUGGCAUUGUUCCAAGAGAUGAGGCUUGUGGGGGUGUGGCCAGAUGAAGUUACGAUGGUGAGUGUGAUUUCGGCUUGUGCGGAGUUAGGUGACGUGGAAAUGGGUAGGAUGGUGCACCGGUUUGUCGAGGAGAAUGGGUUUGGGUGGAUGGUUACGCUUUGCAAUGCUCUCAUUGAUAUGUAUGGAAAGUGUGGAUGCUUGGAGGAGGCGUGGCAUAUGUUUGAUAGGAUGAAGAGGAAAAGCUUGAUCACGUGGAAUGCGAUGAUAAUAGUGUGUGCGAACCACGGCUAUGCUGAUGAUGCAUCUAGUUUAUUUGCAUGGAUGAUUGGUUCUGGGGUUGUGCCUGAUGGGGUGACAAUUCUGUCACUUCUUGUAGCAUAUGCUCAUAAGGGGUUGAUUGAUGAAGGAAUUAGAUUGUUUGCGAGCAUGCAGAGGGAAUAUGGUGUGCAACCUAGAAUCGAGCAUUAUGGUGCUGUGGUGGAUAUGUUAGGACGUUCAGGGAGAUUAAAGGAGGCAUAUGCUCUGCUUACAAGCAUGCCAAUUCCAAGCAAUGAUGUUAUUUGGGGAGCUUUACUUGGAGCCUGCAAGAUUCACAGUGAUGUUGCCAUGGGAGAAAGGGUUAUAAAGAAGUUGUUGGAGUUGAAACCAGAUGAAGGGGGAUACUAUAUUCUCCUUCGUGAUAUCUAUGUUGCUGCAGGCCGCACUGUAGAAGCCAAUGAGAUGAGGCAAGCCAUGCUGGCUAGUGGAGCAAGGAAAAAUCCUGGCUGUAGUUGGGUGGAAGCAUGA